UUAUUUAAAAUGAAGAACGAUCUUUCUUGAUCAAACUUUCGUAGAAUGUUAAUCAGGUCUAUCAAGAAUAGAAACAUUGGUAUCAAAGAGAAACUUCUUAAAAAACCUAUCCGAGUAGACCCAAGAAUUGAGUAUCAAGCUCUGAUGCCAAAAUAUGUAGAGCUUGAUGUGAAAGGGAAGAACAAGAAAUUAACAUCUAGAGAAGUCUCCCUUGACCUGAACAUAAAUACAAGCCAUAGUUUCACAAAUGGUUGAGAUAAGACAAAUAUGAAUAAAUCUGUUCAAUCUAACAAAGCAUUAAAGUCUAAGAUAACUAUGAGUAAAUUUAAUCUGAGAGUCAAGAGCUGGAAGAAAUUAAACCAAAGUCAGGGGAAUUUUAGAAGGAGAAGACAGUUACACAGAAACUUAAGCAAUUCUGUGACGACGGAACCUAAUAUUGAAAGUAUUCACACUCAAGUACGAACUAUAAAGGAAGCAUGGCUUGAAGAUGAUAGUUAUUGAUGAUCUACUGGGAAUCCAUCAAACAUUUUUAAAAACGAGAAAAUGAAAUUAUUCUUAGAAGAUAUCAAGCCCAAGACAAAUAAUAAUUGACAACAAGAGGAUUUCUACCUCACCAACCAGAUAUUUACCAAGAACUGUAAGAGAGGUGUCUUUUCUGGACCUAGAGAACAAUCUUUUCGAAAGAAUACUUUAGCAGUUAGUAAAUUUAAAACAAGAGCCCAGGAAGUGAUUAGCAAAUGAUUGAAGGUAAAAGGAAGGAGAAUGAGCAUGCCAGAAGUAAAGAGAAGUAAUAAACAGCAAAGUCAUAUGGCUAUAAGUAUCAAGAGACAUCUUUAGC